GAUCCGAUACGCCCGAUGCUCCGGGCGCGCAACGGCAUCCCCGCCGUCCAUCCACUUAAACCCCACCCCUCACCAACCACCUCCACUUCCACCACCACUUCCCUCGCCGCCGCCGCCGCCGCCGCCGCCGCCAUGGCGUCCCCCACCGCGGCCUCGCCGCUCACCUGCCACCACCUGGGCGCCAGCGCCAGCCCCAGCCUCCGCUCCCGCCUCCCCGCCGUCUCCUUCUCCCUCCGCCACCGCUCCUCCAAGCCCAUCUCCCUCUCGCACUCCCACUCCCUCCCCUCCAAGCCCCUCUUCGCCCCACCCCCCGCCGCCGCCGCCUCCCCCUCCCGCGGCGUCCUCCCGCCCGUCUCCGCCUCCGCCUCCGCCGCGCCGGCCCCCGCCCCGCCGCCGAAGCCCGCGCUGCAGGGCGCGGCCAUCACGCCGCUCCUCGCCAGCAUCGCGACGGGCGUCCUCAUCUGGCUCAUCCCGGCCCCCGCUGGCGUGCCCCGCAACGCGUGGCAGCUCCUCGCCAUCUUCCUCUCCACCAUCGUCGGCAUCAUCACCCAGCCGCUGCCGCUCGGCGCCGUCGCGCUGCUCGGCCUCGGCGCCGCCGUGCUCACCCGCACGCUCACCUUCGCCGCGGCAUUCUCGGCCUUCGGCGACCCGAUCCCCUGGCUCAUCGCGCUCGCCUUCUUCUUCGCGCGCGGCUUCAUCAAGACCGGGCUCGGCUCCCGCGUCGCCUACGCCUUCGUCGCCCAGUUCGGCUCCUCCUCCCUCGGCCUCGGCUACGCGCUCGUCUUCGCCGAGGCGCUCCUCGCCCCCGCCAUCCCCUCCGUCUCCGCGCGCGCCGGCGGCAUCUUCCUCCCGCUCGUCAAGUCGCUCUGCGAGGCAUGCGGGUCGCGCUCCGGCGACGGCACCGAGCGCCGCCUCGGGGCCUGGCUCAUGCUCACCUGCUUCCAGACCUCCGUCGUCUCCUCGGCCAUGUUCCUCACCGCCAUGGCGGCCAACCCGCUGUCGGCAAACCUGACAGCGGCCACCAUCGGGGAGGGGAUCGGGUGGACUCUCUGGGCCAAGGCCGCCAUUGUGCCCGGGCUGCUCUCGCUCGUGCUCGUGCCGCUCAUUCUGUACGUGAUCUACCCGCCGGAGGUGAAGUCCAGCCCUGAUGCGCCGCGCCUAGCCAAGGAGCGCCUUGCCAAGAUGGGGCCCAUGAGCAAGGCGGAGACGAUCAUGGCUGGCACGCUGCUGCUCACGGUUGGCCUUUGGAUCUUUGGGGGAAUGCUGAAUGUGGAUGCAGUGUCUGCAGCCAUUCUUGGCCUAUCUGUCCUCCUAAUCACAGGGGUUGUCACAUGGAAAGAGUGUUUGGCUGAGUCUGUGGCAUGGGAUACCCUUACGUGGUUUGCCGCACUUAUUGCGAUGGCUGGCUACCUCAACAAAUAUGGGCUGAUCUCUUGGUUCAGUGAGACUGUUGUGAAGUUUGUUGGAGGCCUUGGUUUGUCCUGGCAACUUUCGUUCGGCGUCUUGGUGCUGCUGUACUUCUACUCCCACUAUUUCUUCGCCAGUGGUGCUGCACACAUCGGAGCAAUGUUCGCCGCGUUCCUGUCAGUGGCGAGUGCCCUGGGCACCCCCUCACUCUUUGCCGCCAUGGUUCUCUCAUUCCUCUCAAACCUCAUGGGCGGCCUCACCCACUACGGGAUCGGUUCUGCUCCUGUCUUCUAUGGCGCCGGGUACGUCCCGUUGGCUCAAUGGUGGGGCUACGGUUUCGUUAUCUCCGUUGUGAACAUCAUCAUCUGGCUGGGCGCGGGAGGCUUCUGGUGGAAGAUGAUCGGGCUGUGGUGAGCAGUGCCGUAAAACUGCGAGCUUCACUUGUUUUCCGUUUGUUUUGGUAGAAUGGGAGAAGGAAAACUAUCCCGAAUUUGCGGUGGCACAGGCUCCCAGUCCACAAGUUUUGUCGUCGACACGAUUGCAACCCAUUCUUUUAGUUGGUAUCGAUGGUACAUUUGUUUGGAACCUUCCUUCCGGCUAAUCGCGACGCCAGGGUGCAGUUCUACUGGCAAACUUAAUUAUAUGGAGUUAUGCACUUAUGCUCAAUGGAUCUGGGAGAGAUCAUUUCUAGAUA